AAUGCAACACUGCAUACAAUUUGUACUUUCCAAUUGCCAUUUUGUAAGACCAACAAGAUUGACCACUUCUUUUGAUGUUUCCUCCUCUCCUAAAACUAUCCUGCACCAAGACCACCAUGAAUGAAAUCCUGAUGUUUAUAUUUGGAGGCUUUGCUGAGUCAAGCUCACUCAUUACCAUUAUUGUCUCUUACAGCUAUAUUAUAUCAACUAUACUUAGAAUCCGCACCAAGGAAGGAAGGAAAAAGGCAUUUUCAACUUGUGCCUCCCACUUAUUGGCAGUUACCAUAUUUUAUAGCACCAUCCUUUUUAUGUACUUAAGGCCUGCCUCUAUAUACAGCAUGAGCCAGGACAGAGUUGCUUCUGUUUUUUAUAGCAUCAUUAUUCCCAUGGUAAACCCACUUAUCUAUAGUUUGAGGAAUAAAGAAGUAGCUCAGGCUUUAAUGAAAAUUAAAGCAAAAUAUUGUUGUAAAUAA